AUGGAUUCAGCCCUUGACUGCGAUAUUACCUACACUGCUUGGACGCAAGGGACUUCGACAAUGUCUCCGAAAUCCUCGUCUCGACGAAUACGUAUACGGAAGUCCCGAAGCCGUGGCCUACGCACAACAAACGGAUGCAUAACUUGUAGGAGACGACACCUGAAGUGCGAUGAGGGCAAGCCUCAUUGUGGCCGUUGUGUGAACAAGGAUAAGAUUUGUGAAUAUGCCAACUCAGCUGACCACCCCAAGUCGAUUCGGCACCCCGAUAAUGCCAAAACAGACGAGACUCCUGUCUCUAUAACUCAGGAGAAUGGAUCGCCAGCGAAAAUUCAUGAUUUAUCAAGUGAAACUAUACCAGAUCUGGUCGCAUUUGAGCCGCAUGACAUACCACCUCUAGCUUGGACUAGUACAGACCCAAACAGUGAUUCUCAACCAAGGGAGGUACAUGAUCAGGACUCAGGAGCCGACGUUCUUACUGUCCUGAGCCCAAUUGUCUUUCAAAAUAAUCAUCUUUCUCCAUCCAAUGCGGCCGUUGCAGCUGUCCGGUGGUUUGGGUUAUUAGCGAGUGAUGCCGCCAAGGACAGCCCCCAACAAUCAACCAUCCCCAAUUCAUGGGAGACCGAAGGCCUGCUCCUUGACCACUCUAGCAAUGGGAUUGAUCCGAGCUCACUUCAGCGCGCAACUCAAGUGCUAGAUAGUCCUCCUUCCACCAAUGUAAAUCAUGACCCGGAUGAUUCUGGCACACUUGAAAGUGCCACGGUCGCAGAAGGGCAGAUUUGGCAUUCACGGAAUCCAAUUGAGCUGUUGGCAAGCGAGCAGGUAUUAUUUGUGCAUUUUGUGCACCACGUCAGCUCUUGGAUCGAUCUCUUUGACCCCACAAAACAAUUCUCCACUUUUGUUGCACAUUUAGCGAUUCACAAUGCCGGGCUUUUGAAUGCCAUACUAGCACUUUCGCUACGACACCUAGCCUUGAAUCCCCAUCAGGACACCCAAGACAUCCCCGGAAAAGAAGGAGCAGCCGUGCAAUACUACUAUCAGACUCUACACUACGUGCAAAGGGCAAUGCAGUAUCGUACCUACAAGACAAGUCUUGAACUCCUCGCUACUACCUUGAUCAUCUCCGCAUAUGAGAUGCUCGACAACUCUACCAACGGCUGGGAGCGACAUCUCGAAGGAGUGUUUCUUAUUCAGCGGUCUCAAACCAUCCAUGGGGAAUCUGGUGGACUCCACUCUGCAGUAUGGUGGGCAUGGCUAUGUCAGGAUAUCUGGGCUGCGUUUCGCGAGCAACGAAAGACCCUCACCUUCUGGGUCCCUCAGAAACCGCUUUCCGUGCUACUACCACAUGAGCUCGCUAGUCGGGCAAUCUACCACGCUGCAAAAGUUAUCAGCUUUUGUGCUGACGCUACUACUGAAAGCACUAUACAAAGUCGUAUGGAGGAAGCGAAUCAUCUUCGUGGAAUGUUGGAUGACUGGCAACAGCACCUGACAAUCGAGUUCUCCCCUUUGCCUUUGGUACCGGGGGAGACCUCAUCUUGUUUCAAAGCAAUAUGGAUCAGCCCGCCUGCCUUUGCUGUGGCAGUUCAGUUCUUUAGCGUGUCGCAUAUCCUUUUACUAGCCCAUGAGCCGAGUAUUGGGGGAUUAGGCCAAUACACCACGCGUCAGAGCAUGAUUCAACGAUACAUUGAGGAUAUUUGUGGCAUUGCGAUGACGCUCAAAGAUAGUGCAUCCAGCGUGAUGUCAUCACAAGCUUUGUUCAUUGCUGGCUUGUUCACGCAAGAUAAAGAUGCCCGUGAAGCUGUAUUGGCGCUUUUGGAUUUCUGUCGGCAGCGCAGCGGUUGGCCGGCUAGUUCGCUUGGGCUGGAGCUACAACAGCAAUGGGAAUGUCAUGAAGUUUUGAGACCGACUUCGGUUUCAAAGGGGUUUAUGUAG